AUGGACACCGAGAAUAAUGAACAACUUUACGCUUUCCAGAGAGAAGAAGAAGAUAAGGAAUUUGAUCUGGGAUCGGAAGAGACUGAGGCCCCAUUGCCCCUAACUGUCACUUCUCGGGUAUUGUACAUGUUGGGGGACAUUACAGCUGGGCCGGCAUACCGUUUCGCACAAUGGCUUGAGCAUGUUCGUAAACGAAGCGGCAAGUAUCGGUCCUCAGGUUUUCCUCACAGACCUCACAGAACAGCUAGUAUGCCCUUGAGCUUAGAAGAGUCAAGUGCUGAUGUCAGAAGUUCCCCUCCUGAGCCAAUAACAGAAGUCAGUCUGUGGGAAAGACUUGGCAAGGCUGCUAUUUUGGAUAUCGAAUCAAGUUCAUUUUCUUGGAACAUGCUUUCUUCACUUCAUCACACUGAACAUGGUAGUAGUGCUGCUGAACAGUCCGAAGAUGAAAUGAAUAAAGCGGUUGAGGUCACUGUUAAUUCUGGAGGUGUAGUCUUCUUUGCGCUGUUCAACCAAUCAAAAGAUGGUGAAUCUUCUCCCAGCGAAGCAGCUGCUGUUAUAAAGAUAACAUCUUCUAGAAUGGCUACCCAAUCAGAGCGCCUUGGCUAUGAAUUUGCAAAGUGGCUAGGUGUUCGAACUCCACAAGCUAGAGUAAUUCACAACAGCAGUCCAGAGUGGUUGCAGAUCAAGGAAGCUGCAGAAAAAGCGAAGGAUGCUGCAAUUGCAGAAGGAGAUGAAGCUGGUGAAAUGACUUGUGUGGAGCUGCUGGAAGCUCUUGAGCUCAGCCGAUGCCUAUUACUGAUGAAUUAUAUACAUGGUUCCCCUUUAUUAGAGAGUGCGACAGCAUUUGAGACUCGAGAAGCUGCAGAAAAAACAGCAGCUGCCCUUGGCAGGGUUCUGAUGCUGGAUCUUGUUAUAAGGAAUGAAGAUCGGCUUCCUUGUCGUCAUCUUUGGUGGCGUGGAAAUUCUGCAAACUUGUUGUUGGCUGAUAAAAUGGCUACAGCAAAUAUGGAUGCACUGGAGGUUGCCUUUGAUUCAGCAAUUAAUCGAUAUCGCCCAAAGGUAAUUCGAGCCCUUCAAAAGGAAAGAAGGGCAACUUCAGUGGACAGCAGAUUGACCCCUCCCAAUCCAGUGUUGGUGUCACAGAGUUCGGAUAUGUCUGACAUCACUGAAUCUCCAAAAUCUAGCAAUCUGAGUGUCAGAAGUCUAAAUUUUAAUGAAUCAGCAGGCCCCGAUUUCCACAUUGUUGCAAUAGACUCUGGGGUUCCUCGAAGACCUCCUGCCGGAAAACGUGGAAAUGACCAAGAAAAUUAUCCCAAGUUGGUUGAGCUCCUCAUCAACAAUUUUGAAUAUGCAUCAGAACUCUUGUAUGAAAUAACAUCAGGAAAGCUUGGUUCUCCUCCAGAAGGCUCAGGUGUCAUAACUACUAAUACAGUGACUGACGUGCAAUCAGUUGUUCACAGAUUUCGUAGUGGAUUCCGAGCAGCAAUUAGAGACCUGCAAGGAUUUCACAUUUUCCUACUUACUCUUCAUCAAAAAUUGGAUAGUCUGUUGAAAACAUUUCUUAAUAUUACAUGUAAAGCUUCUGGAGACUUGGACCAAGAAGAUUUUAUGGUUCCUUGUUCCCCAUCACAGGCUGGUAAUUUCCCAUCUCCACCUAUCAAGGAACGAAAUGUUGGAGAGAAUCCAGAUAUAAAUGAGACGGAGCCACAUGCCUCAUUCUCCAGGUGGUCACCUCCAGGAUGUAGAGAUAGCAUAGAUUCUGCCUCACCACACUCACGGGAAGGUUGGCAUGGGAAGUUCAAUAAAUCGAGCAGUGAACCUGUACAGAGCCUGCGUUUGACGGCUAAGAUCCGCGACUUCCAUAGAUUUGCUAAGGUGGAUGCUGAAUUAAAUAAAGAGUUAGAGCAGUGGCAUGAAAUGCUUAAAAGUGAUGCUGUUAAGUUGUGCCAAGAGAACAACUUUAUUACUGGUUUCUUCGAGGGAAGUGACAGUAACUGUGUAGUUGAUGCUUAUGAGUUAAAGGUCAGGCUUGAGCACAUUCUCGAAAGAAUAGCUUUGAUAUCUGAUGCUGCAAACACAGAAAAGCCAUCAUCAAUCUCAAGUAGCCUGUUCAUAGGUGGGGCACUCGCCGCGAGGUCUCUGUACACUCUGCAACAUUUAGGAAUUACACACAUCUUAUGCUUGUGUGCUAAUGAAAUUGGGCAGUCAGAUUCUCAGUUCCCUGAGUUAUUUGAAUACAAGAACUUUUGUGUCUAUGAUAACGAAGAUACAAUCAUCAGUGAUAUCUUCAAAGAAGCUCAUGACUUCAUAGAUCAUGUUGAACAAAAAGGGGGAAAGGUUCUAGUUCAUUGCUUCGAAGGCAAAAGCCGAAGUGCAACCGUGGUCCUUGCUUACCUUAUGCUCAGGAAAAACUACACCUUACUGGAAGCCUGGAACACACUGAAACGUGUCCAUCGGCGAGCCCAACCCAAUGAUGGAUUUGCUAAGAUCUUAUUGGACCUUGAUCUGAUGUUGCAUGGUAAAAUUUCAAUGGAGUGGCAACAACGAAGACCAACAAUGAAGGUGUGCCCUAUAUGUGGCAAAAAUGCUGGCUUGAGCAGUAGCUCACUGAAGCUCCAUUUACAGAAGUCGCACAAAAAACUUUCUUCAGGAAGUGUCGACAGUGCCAUGACAAUGGAAAUACAAAAGGCUUUGGAUGCACUAAAGAUCAGUCGAGGUGGAAGUGUCAGCCCUACCCAGAGGCAGUCCCAUUCCAUGAUAGAUGCAUUUGAGCAUUGA